AUUAUAAUAAGUUACAAUUAAAUUCAGUGCCUUUUUUCCUGAUCGGUGUUGCAUAUUGGGAAUGUUUUAACCGUAAGGCCUCGGGUCACGGCGACAUAGCCGCCUGUUUGCUUCACCUUCAGACGUGAUCGUUUAUUAGUUUGGGUGAAAAAACAAAAUAACACGUAUCUGACUCAAAUUGAAUGUCAAAAUGCAGGAAAUUUAUAGGAACCUUGUGUUCGUUCCUACUUCGAGGAAUGCACGUAAUCCUGGAAUGUGCGUGUGUUUUUUUUGUUGACAAUUCAGUUGAAAUGCAUCUGUUGUGUCGGACGUGUUGAGUCAAGUCAUUGCUGUUCGAAACGCGUUCCUUGAAUAAUUAGCCUCAUGGGUUUUACUUAGAAAAGCACAACCGGAUGUUGUUGUUUCUCCCUUCCGCUAACUUGACCGGCCAUUCUCAUUCACUUUGUGGCAUUUCGAUCCCACUUGACGCGAGUACCUUUCGAGCUCAGAGGCGCAGGUCGAUACCGGAAGCUUUCGCAUCAUAACCGGCGUUUACCGGCUGUUUCACGCGAGUGUCAGAUCGAUUUAAGUCUCGUCAUCCAAACAGGGGAUAAAAUGGAUGGAGCUGCAUCUACCUUAUUGGCAACCUAAGGAAAAGAAAUUCCAAACUGGUGCUGAGGAAAGCUGCCCUUCUCACUCAUGACUUUCUGCUGUGAACGUUUGAUUGGUGUGCCUCAAAAUCUGUGAUGGAAAAUCGUGAUGAUGAAGGUGAGCAGCACCACAGCACGAGUGUGGGAGAGGCGAGCAGCACUGGAGACAGCACCCCUCCCCCAAAACGUAAGGGCAAGUUCUCUAGUCUUGGCAAGAUUUUCAAGCCGUGGAAGUGGCGGAAGAAGAAAAGCAGUGAGAAGUUCAAGGAAGCGUCAGAAGAACUGGAGAGAAGGAUGUCAACGAGGCGUACGCGGCAAGAGCUUAUAGACCAGGGAGUGCUAAAAGAAGUUCCAGACAAUGAUGCAGAUGGAGCUGCACACAGCCUGAAGCAUCCCUAUGUGAAAAAUGGGCACACUCUGCCUGUGAGCGGUGGAGGAGGGGUCAGUGCUGGAAGGAGCCACCAGGGCAGAACGUCCUCUGAUUCAGACUUUAGGAUAAACCCUACUUGGCUCGCCCAUUCAGACGACCAUAGGGGCCGAUCUCCCUCAGAUAGAGAACGUCGAAGAGUUCCGGGCUCCAGGGGUUCCGGAGCCCCGGAGGAAGAGCAGAGAGGAAGUGGGGUGAUCGUGUCCCGUGGGCAUGGAGAGACUGAGUGGAAAACUAACACAUCGUGGCAUGGGCACAAUCAGAUGGAUGAAGGCAGAAGUGGAGGUCAGUUUCACCCUGAAGAUGGACAGAGGAGGCCCGGGCUCCAGAAAGCACCCUCAGAGGAUAUUAGGAGAAGUAGACAGUCUGACGCGGAUUGGAAACCUACACUCCCCCGUCAUGCAUCUGCUGAAGAGGGAAGGGCCCGGAGAGAGUCGGACAGCCAUUUUGUGUCUGACCCUGAAGCACUGAAGGACACCCUUCGUGAACCUCUGCCGCCUAAACAGUCCGUCAUGCCUCCAAAAUGGUUGAUAAGCUCUACGCCUGAACCAGGCAGCGUCUCAUUGAACCAGGCCUCGGCCCAAUACCCGUCCCUCCCUUCCUCCUCGAGUACUGCUCCGAAACCUACAAGGAACGUCUCCUCUGCUGGUGCAAACACUCAGCAGUCUUCAUCUGCCGCUUCAUCGUCCGUCACUCAGGCUAACAAGCAGCCACCUCUUCCUCCGCCCAAGCCAGUGAACAGGGGCAACCCCGGCAUGCUAGUCUCCGCCCUGCAGGGUGGAGCGCACGCACAGCUUCCGCUCUACUGGUCCUGCUGGAAGCGAGAGUGCGAGUAUGAUGUCUAUCUGUCACUGCCUGUCUACCUGUGCCGGCGGGCUGGAGGCCUGCGCUCAGGAGACCUCACCCAAACUGCCGCGGGGGCUAGUCUUGUCCCAGCGAAACCCUCUCCUCCAAUGCCCCCAAAGAGAACCACCCCGGUCACCAAGCGUAACUCCGAAGACUCCUCUGGUUCAAGCCAUCCUAUGACGCCUUCGCCACUUUCACUUGAGGACCACAGCUCUGUGAGCUUUCAGCUGCCUCCUCCUCCCCCAUCUCCUCCACUUCCCUCACAUAUUCCGCCUUCUCCACCCCGACAGCAAAUACACCCCCAACACCUUCACCAUCAGCACUCUUACCCGCAUCCACUACCGCAACCUAUCCCAAUCUUGUUUGAUCCCCCAAGCCCUGUCAGUGAGUCCCCCCAGCGCCCAGCUCCUGUCCCACUGCACAUCAUGAUCCAGCGAGCUCUGUCCAGUCCUGGCCCUAUUCAACCCAACCCAGAUGGGUCACAACGUGCUCACACAUUGCUGUUUGAAACACCUCCAGACUACCAAGCAGAUCGAGGUCGCCCCCUUCCUGUCAGCAUUCAACCCCUAAAACUAUCUGAAGAUGACUACUCUGAAGAAGAGGAGGAAGAAGAAGAGGACGAUGAUGAUGAAGAAGAGGAGGAGUACGAUGGAGAGAUUCCCCAGCCAAAGCUACAGCCACGGAGUCGCCGCGGCUUGGUUGUUGAUGCUAGCAUUUGCGUCAUUCCUAGUGAAGAAAACAGUGAGGAGGAGGAGGAAGAGCAUGACGACGAGGAUGAGGAGCAUGGAAUAUGCAGAGAAGACAGUGAUUCUGAUGGUCCUGUGCUUUUUAAAAAGGAAGAUGAGGAUGAGGAGGAAGAGCCCCCACUGAGUGCCCUGGCCAGCAAAGUGAAAAGGAAAGACACCCUGGCUCUAAAGUUAAACAGCCGUCCCUCUGCACCCGACAGGGACAGAUUUGUACAGGAGCGGAGCACCAGAGAUGACCAGCCACUAGGACAGGCUGGCCUCACCUGGCAGAGCAGGGAGCAAUGGGAGGCUAUACGCACACAGAUUGGAUCUGCGCUUACAAGACGUCUUAGCCAGAGACCCACUGCUGAGGAGCUUGAGCAACGAAACAUCCUUCAACCCAAAAAUCAGGCUGACAGACAAGCAGAGGUUAGAGAGAUUAAGCGAAGACUGACCAGAAAGCUGAGUCAAAGACCAACAGUUGCAGAACUCCAGGCCAGAAAAAUCUUGCGAUUCCACGAGUACGUUGAAGUCACUGAUGCCCAAGACUACGAUCGUAGGGCGGACAAGCCAUGGACCAAGCUGACACCUGCUGACAAGGCAGCCAUCCGGAAAGAGCUUAAUGAUUAUAAAAGCACUGAAAUGGAGGUUCACGAAGAAAGCAGAAUUUACACAAGGUUUCACCGGCCUUAAAUCCACCAUAUUCAGCUGGUGAAAAAAGCACUUAACGUCUCUUGCAAGCAGCUGCUGACUAUGCAGACGGACCAACACUUUCUCAUUUCCUGAAUGUACUGUAAAAUUAAUCAGGGACAGCCUGGAACUGACUAUAGACAAGAAUGCUUCUCGCUCCCCCCAAUCACCCUCACAAACUUGAUUUCAGUGGAUAGAGGUUGUGUUGGUGCUGGGAGAAGAUGCAGUAUCCAUCCCAGACAACAGGGGGAACCACGUGCCAACCAAAUGGAGACAUUUGCAAAGGACUGACCUUGCAGGGCUUCUGUCGCCUGCGCAGUAAUGUGGUGUCCUCAGGGACCUGGAUCUAGUAAUACCUUUAAUGCGGCCUCAUUCUGUGUUGCCUUUUUCUUUACUUUAUAUGAAAACGCUAACUCAUUCAUCUUGUUAAUGUGACAACGUAAAGUAAUAAUAGCUAACAAACAUGAUAAUGUCUAGUUCUCCACAUAAUAGUAAUGGAGACACAUGGAUAUAGCUUGCGAGGAGUGGAGAAUGAAGACUGGGAUAUUCUGUUUUAGGAUUGGACAUCUCUGGGAAAUUGUGUGUUUUUAUAUUAACUGUACAGAUUGCUAUUAUGAUAUCUUAGAAUGAAACUCAGAAAGAUCUAAUUACAAAAUGUGUAAUGCACAAGAUAUUUUAUAAUUUUGUUCAUGAGUAGUGACGGCGCUUGGUUUUUGGAAAUCUCUUUGGCUUGCCUGUCUUUAAAGUUGUGUUGUGGUCAUUUCAGCGUGACUCUUUAGAAAUUGAAGAGGAGAUGUACAGGUCAGGAUACUGUAGGUGAAUAUUUGUGCCAAUGUACCCAAUGCCUAAGAAAAAAUAGGAUAUUGGUAUUCAUAUCAAUUAUUUCUGAAAUCUGCAUGAGCCAACUAAGAUCCCAUUGUCAUUGGAUCUGGAAAAUCUCUUCAUUUAUACUUUUCUAUGAGUUUUGUACUUCCCUUUAAUCACACAUGCAAUGCAUUUCUGUAGCCAUUUUGUAUAAGGUCAUGCUGGUACUGUCGACCAAGAAUUCAAGUCGCUGUGAUGGAUCAGGGGUUUAUCCAAAAAAAAAAAAAAAAAAAAAAAAAAAAAUCUGGAAAUGUAUGAACGGUCAACAGGGGAUCAUUUUGGCUGGAACUUUUUAUCUGCAACUAUUUUAUUUUGUAGUGUUGUCUGGCCAGUAGCUUACAGGGUUCCCUGCUGUGUACAGGUGGAUUAUAGGUUUCACUGAUGCUUGUGUAUAUCUUGUCUUCCUUUCAUUUGAAAAUAAAUUUUAAAUAAAGUAUUAUAGGUUGAUAUUUUAAGCACAGAAUCUUAGUUUAUGAUUAAGUGCUACAAGAAUGGGAAUGGCUAUGUACCCUCUCUCUAAAGGCUAAGUUCAUUUUUAAUUGAAUGUGAAGAUGUAUGGACUGAUAGUUGUUUUUCUUUUAAUUGUACAUAGUGACAUCUGGAUCUAAUUAAAAAAAAAAAAUACUGCUUGAACCGUUUGUGCAUGAUGAUUCACUACUUGGAAUUUAAAUUACAAUUUUUGUUGAUGUUCAA